AUUUCUUUUCGGCAUAUGAGGGCGACGAACCUCUGUUUCGGGAAUUACCCCGAUUUGCGUCAUUAAUCGUGUUUUUCGAGAAUAUUAGAAAGUGGAGUUAGAAGUGGAUUCUUGCAAGCGAACUAGAGCUAAACUUCCAACAAGUAAGUACAUCAGAUACAUCUUCGUGUGUGAGCCAUCAACAUGGCUUGCUUGACGCCGGACGAGUUCGCUGAUCUCCUCACGUGUCCUAUCACGUACGAGGUUUUCGAGGAACCGGUUGUCGUCUCAACCGGCCAUACGUUCGAAAAAUCGGCGCUGCAACGGAGUACGGAAAGCCAGAUAGUGAAACGGUGCCCGAGGAGCGGCCAGCCACUCGUCGGCGACCCGGUGAGAAACUGGGCGGUCCAGUGGGCGCUUGACAAAUACAAAGAGAAGAUCAACGGAGGCGGCCAGGGGACUGCGGCCCAAAAUGUUGCCUCCUCGAGUUCCUCGCCGCCCGCACUGCACUUUUGGUCUCGGGAGCAACCACUCACGGUCGGGUACCUUUUCCGCGGAGCUCGAGCGCAGAGCCACGGGGUUUGGAUCCGGACUCUUCUGGUUGGAGUCUGCUUCUUCGUUCUGGGAAUUCUUGUCGGCAGCAGGCUUUCCGUCUUCAAGAAGACCGCGGCCGGAUCUGAGUACUACGGCGAUUUCUUGAUGAUCGUGUUGUACUUUCCAUUUGCACGACAAAAAAUAGAAGACGAGUAGGGGCUGACAUCAUCAGAAUUUCAAUUGCAUCGCUUCCUCACAUACACAUUUUCAAAAAACUAUCAGGUCUCCCUCCUUGGCGGAAAAGCAGGCCGCUGACAAUUCUAAACUCGCGUCCACCCUAGCCAACUUCCUGGCAUCCGCAAUCAGCGAAAAGCAGCUACUGGAGCGACAGACUACGCAUUGCAAAUAUAUACGUAGUCUGGGUCGGAAAUAGCAUAAGGAAUUGAAUUUGUGAUGCUGAUGCGAGACUCAUGGUAUGCAAACCUCAACCAAAUCUGUCUUGCAGGAAAAGGGUUGGUGAGUUCUUCGUCCUUGUGGGAGGGCAGUUUGUCAUGCGAUUUUGUAAAAUUUGAUUAGGAGAAUUCGUGGCAAUGAGUAAUAUCACAAUAGGCGGAAGCCAACAACUUGUCGUGCACUAGUACAUCAUCAUACUCAUUUCUUGUAGUUUUUUACCGUACUGACAAGAGGCAGGGCGCGAUGAAUGCAAACAUCAGCAACACAAACCGUGUGAUUUGUGUUUCAUCUCCAGACCCAGACCAACACGUAUCUUGCACUGGAUACCGGUGACACAGCUGCAACAUCACGUCGCCAAGACGACGUUCGGUUUGUCCGAGACCGUGUUGCAGCAGAUGGAUGCCGACAUGGCGGUGCUAUACGGAGUGUGGGAAACCGUCGGCGGCAAUUUCGGGCUCCCGCCGCCCCCCUACCGCUGGAGGGGGCGGGAACUGAAUUUUACAUCCUCCUCUUCCACUGAGGGGGCGCAGCAGCAGCAGUGCGCGGCCGCACAGGGGAACCCAUUUCCAGCCGCCCAAGGGUUUGUCUGCCCCAAGGUCGAGAUCCGAUUCGGCGAGUCGGGUGCAGAUGACCUCGCAGAAUGUCAGAGCGAUUUGCGCUGGACCACCCUAUCAAAAACGGUUCUCCGGAACGAGUUGCAGGUCGUCCAGCUGAAAUUACGACGUGCACUGCAAUCGGUUUCAGAGUUGCGGGAGCAGAAAAAUGCUGUGGAUCGGUCGAACGACUCCCUGGAUAUGCAAUGCAGGAAAAGUGUCGCACUGCUAUCUAGUAUAAAUCGCAAUACAAAUUCGAAUUUUCUCAUAUAGGAAAAAUGCAAUUUGUGAUGCUGCUUACUUUCAAUACAAAAACGAAAAAAAAGUCAACAUGUCAUGCUCAUGCGGUACAUCUACAUACUGCAAGUUGUAGUACACAAGGAUGUGCUGAUGCUUUUGCUGCAGUGGAUACUCGAAAAGCACUUACAACUAGCGACGAAGGAAACCAAACUGUUGCGGACAAGGAUACUGCUGCAGCGACAACAAGCUGCCGCGCAAAAGAAACAAGCAGCACAAGAUGGCGCGGCCGUCGGAUGUCCAGGUGCCGCAUUGGAGACUCCUCCAGCUUCAUCCCUGAGAAUGCCGGAUCAGGUGGAAGGUACCGUCGCAGCAGCGGGGAAUUACGCGCCACUGACCAGUGGCCACACAUCGUCUCACGGCGCGGCGCUGUUCUCGAAUUCAUCGAUCCUAAACGGAACUUGUCCGGUCUGGCAGCACUGGGAAAUGUUUUCAAUGGUAUCACAAUGAUGAAUCGAAACAGUUUAGCGCUCUGCUCAAACGACCAAACUACUUGGGUGUAAGUACGUAGCUUCUGCUUGUCUUCCUUUAGCAUUUUUUGAAGGUUUGUUUGCUGCGAAUGGUCAACAUUUUGACAUGGAGACACGGCAAGAAUAAGGGUGGCGGGAUGAGAAAACAUCUCUCUAUGUCUUCCUUGGAGAUGCUGAAGCAUUGGUCGUUUGAGCGAAUUUUCCGUAACUGAGCUCUUCGAUUCAAUAUUGCCCAAACACCUCCCCUGGCCAGAAGGAUAACGACGCUAGCCCCGGGAACGACUUCUCAGGAGUACCGACCGCUGCCGAAGCCCGCAACAGAGAACCGACCCUGCCAGUAAACAAAAAUAUGCGAUGCAAAUUUUGCUUUGUACUUAAUAGUGCAGGCUUGUCAUGCAAGACGUCAAGAAAAAUAUACAGCUGGACGUCAAGAAAAAUAUACAGCGACGCAGACGACCCCGACUGAAUCUAUUUGGGGUUGACAUCUUUCAAGUCGGAAAGACCAGAAGGUCAUGAUCGGUUUCAUCUCUUGGUUCUCGUGUCGUGUGAGCAAAGGUUCGUGUCGAUCUGAUUGCUACCACAAGCGGAGUACUUACAGGUUUUCUGAAGUCAGCUUGCUGCGAGAAUGAACUAUGGAAAUGGCAUCUUCAUCACAACGUGGGUACUACACAGCAGAAUUUUAUUUUGCAUAUUUCCGUCCACAAUAAUCGACCUCGAUGCACUUCUUGCAGUCGUCGCAACCUGCUCAUCCGCAACGGUAAACAAGAUUCUUGCUGGCGAACGUGGCUUUCAACACCCAAUCGAAGACGUGAAGGAGUUGUUGUCAUCGUUUGUGAAGGCCUUCCCGACCGAAGCGCCUCGCCUGCCCGCAGAACAGUUGGGCGAAUUGACCGAGCUCGUAGAGGUUACUGCCCCUCGCUUCGCGCUACUAAACCUGCACACUGGAUAUGGAUUCCGACGUAUUUUGGACGGCUACAUCAAGCAACACGGGCAGGUAAAUGAAAAGUUGUCAGGCACGGGGCUUGCGCGCGAGGAGGACGAGGAAUCGUAUCAGGGGAAAAUCGGCAGCGCCGGCGCAGACAGUUGCUUCGACGCAACAUUCCCGGCAAGUGGGGAAGUCCACUUGCCGCGGACGCAGGUUUCGCCGCACGUUGCUACGAUUGCGACCCCGCUUUUGUCCGGGUUGCUCACCCACGUCCGAGCAUUGCACAGAAAAUUCCCGCGCGACGGGACCAUCGCCGAGGAGCCCUCGUGGGAUUCCCUGCUAGGCGACUCCUUCACCGAGCUUCGGAACUACGACUGGGGUCUCUCCUACUUUCUGAAGGUCAAACUGGAUCUUCUGGAGCAGGAAGAAGCUCGCCGCGCACCGAUUCUAGCCGACGAAGUGCAGCUGCUCGCGUAUCCCGAAGUACUGCACGAAACAUAUGUUGCACUAGUCAAAUCGCACGACGAGCUGCGGAAGAAGCACCAGGCGCAGAAAGACCGGGUGGAGUUCUUGACGCCAAAAUACGAGGCCCUGGUCCGGUCCCGCGACGUCUUGCGCGGUGAGCUGCAGACCAUGCGCGCCAGUUCCGAAAAGCUAGCACUGAGUUGUGGUUUGAACGACGCCACCGUGGGCCCCCACUCUCCGGCUCUGGUUAAGUACUUGGCGACAGCAGUCAAGGAAAACGAGGAUCUCCGCUCCAGAGUCCAGGAAAUGAAGCUACAAGAAGCGACGACGAACUUCCUUUUCCUUGCGAAGAACGUGGGUGCAUUUUCUGCAGGUGACGUCGUGGUCGAGCAACGGGACAUUGCUAAGUUUCGGCUCUGGAACAUGUUCUUCCGACACACGCAGGAACCGGCCAGGGAACGCUCAACGGCGAGAGGUUGUGGGACCAAGAGAAGUGGAGUGAGUUUUACUUCUCCAGAAAAACAGAACUUGUUUGAUCAGCACGGUUUCUCUGCUCCAGCAACAUCCGACUUCGAAGACCCCGCUGGAAUCUGCGUCGCGUCGCCGCCGGCUGCCAUGAUGAGUCUGAUACCGACGUCGCACGAAGAGUUUCGCUACCAAGUGCUCGCUUUACUGAAGUCCCGCAACCAGUACAAGCAGCAGGCGCAGUCGCUCGAGGAAAAAUUGCAGACGACUUUAAUUUCCCGCGAGAAGUUUCUGCAGGAGAGAAAUGGCGUUGCGCAAAAAUUGGACGCUGCUAGAAGCACCAAUGCGGGCCUGGUUAAGUACCUACAGCUAGCGACAAAGGAGGCGGAGCGACUGCGGGCGCGUUUGCAACGAGGACAAGCGGACGAACAAAAAAGAGCGGCAUUUUCUCGCAGGAUAUUCGCGAGGAAAUCUACUUCUUGGAGGAAGAUGGCAGGAACAAAUAGUUCCGUCGUGGCAAACAAUGAAGAUUUACCCAAUCCCAAGAACGACGUCAAGCUGUCCGCCUGUUGCAAGCAAUGCAGCGCCGAAACGAAAAACUCCCGAAACGCCACUGCUCCGCAGGCGACUAAGGUUCAAGAUCCACAAAGCCUUCAAGAGGAGGACUUUUGCCCGGUCUGGACUCAGUGGGAGCAGUUCCUGUCUGUAUCAAAUCGAACCAAGAAACACUGUUGCGCAGCCGACCUACUUUCAUUUCAAUCUGGAGUGCAGUUUUAAUUUCGUUGGCACCCCGCCCAGAUGACACAUACACAUUGCAUGCUAUGCGUGGACAUACAGUGUCAUGGCAAUUCGAAUGAGAGUGGGAGCAACUCGAUUGUUUUUUGGAAUUUCGAUUUGAUACCACAGCACUGUGCGAGAGCAGAUUUUCGACGCGGGAAUAUCGGUGGAAGGCGAUGGCGAUUUGGAAAAGCCUGUAAAAAGUGCCGUCGGUAGUACGAACGGGAAAUUCUAGCUCGAGUGGUAAAUGUUGUACUGUAGCUUCAUGCAUUUGCAUGAUGAGUGCGGAUGGAGGAGCGAUUCUAUAUGAUAUCGGAGGCAAACUCAAACACAACUAAAGAACCGAUAUCUUCGUGAUCUUCCUUAUUGGAACUUCAACCUGAGAAAGAUGUUCUCGGCAAGUCGAAGAAUUCCACUUUCUCGCAAGCCACUAUAGCUUGACUCAUGUACAGACGUACAAUUGCUAUUCUGCAUCUUCACUGCAGACCUUGUACUUACAUGUGCUGCCGAAGAUCCGAAGCGAACACAAAACGAGACAGAAUUUGCCAGGGAUACUGCGAAGAAUAGUGGAUGUUGACGCUCUUUUUCUCAUCGUCCGAACCUGUGCCUCCCCCACCGUCAGAACGCUUAUUAUCGAGGGGCCUUGGGUGCUGUGGAAAAUCCUAAAAUCAGUGAUCGAUUAUUGGAAAUCCAGAUUUCCGACGGAUGACCCGAAAGAUGAGAACUUGGAAGCAGCGCACGAACAUGCACACGGAACAAGACGUCUAUUCUUGAAGCUGUACGCCGACACAGCGUACGGCGAGCGGAGCUAUGAGCAGAAGGUGCUGGAAAAAGGUGUCAAAAAAGCUGAGAAUACGUGGUCUGGAGCACGACAGGAGUGUCUGCAGCACGAAAACAGUCACAACAGUAGCACUAGCAAUGCCAAUGUCACCUCUUCGAGUACAAAAGCGCUGUUUCCAACUAAUCUGCCUUACAACGCGACGAGUUGCAGCCUCGAUGACGUUUUUCCUACAACAGGCGAAGUCCACGUACCGCGCGAGCAUGUGUCGGUCCAUGUGUCCAAUGCCGUGACGGAACUUUUAAAACGCGCGAUCAACUACGUCCGUGCGCUGCAUCAGAAGUUUCCUGCCGACGGUGGGAUAUCGCCUGAACCCACAUGGCACCAUCUGCUGUCUGCCCACCACGCAGCAGUCCUCGAAGCAAUCCGGGAAACUCGCGGCGAGUUCACUCGCGUCCUCGAAGAAAAACAGUUUGCUGUUUAUUGA